AUGUUGUUCCCACUCCCACUAUCUUUAAUCCUGCUCGUUUCGUCGACUAUUGCACAACCUUCUUCGGGUUCUGCAGUUGUACCCUCCGCAUCUUUGCCCGGAACUCCACUUAGUUCUGCUUCAUUCGCCUCCGCUUCCAGAAGCGGAGCGAGCUCGGUUGUGAAUGGAUCAUCCAGCGUAGUCCCAUCCUCGACGAAUAGUGCGGAGUUCCCGAGCUUAAGUGGAUAUUCAUCUUGCGUUGAUCAAUGUUUGGACAUGGCUAUUGCGGACACUGGAUGUGCCAGUGUAGUGGAUGUGGAAUGCUUUUGUACCAACACCACGAUUUUCACUAACGGACUGGUUCAAUGCUUGGCCGCGCAGUGUCCAUCUAGCAUCAGUGCGGCUGAAGGCUUAUCGCAGCAAUUUUGUAACCUUGCGUCUCCGAGCGUGUCGCUCACUUUCCCCUCGGCUUCAUUGACCUCGUCGAAGCCGUCUUCCACCCCCCUUUCCUCAUCCUCUUCUCGCCCGGCGUCGUCUACAUUCACUCCACCUACGAUGUCUCACACCGCCUCUUCUACGUUGGCAUCCACACCUUCUGCAUCCUCGACCACCAGCGGCGCUCUCGCAGUGUAUCGAACUCCUGGAUUAGAUAUCGCCGUCGCGACAGCAUUAGCAUUGGCUAUAUUCGGGAUGGCACUAGGCUGUUAG